UCAUCUCUUUCACCUGAUUGUUGCAGACAGCUGGUUCGACCUCUCCUGAUUCAUACAGCAUCGUGGACAGAACCAUCCUAAUCUGGACACCAUGGAAGAAACAAAGACAGAAAUCUCCCAGGUGGAGACAGUAGAGCAGCAUCAUCAUAAGCAUCACGCCAUUGAGGAUCUAGCUGCGAAUGAGGACGAACCACAAACUCCGUAUCAACUGGGUUGGCGAACCAUUCUUGCCCUCUUGACUUUAUCGAUGGGCAAUGUUUGUGCGGCUCUCUCAAAUACCACAAACACAACCAUUAAGUUUCAAGUCGCCACUGUAGCAAAGUCUCCAGCAGAUGCUGCGCUGGCAUCAUGGAUUGCGAACGGAAACUUCCUCGUGGUUUUGGCUGCUGGUCCCAUCUUUGGUUCUCUCGGUGACCGCCUUGGGAAGAAAUGGUUCCUUGUUUGUGGUGCUCUUCUGGGUGUUGUCGGUUCAGUCAUUUCAGGUUCUGCAGAUCAAAUUACCCAUAUCAUUGGUGGUAAUAUUCUCACUGGUAUUGCAAAUGCUGGAUGUAUUGUUUCAAUCUCAUGCAUUCAGGAGAUCAUGCCAAAUAAGCUUCGUCCAUGGGCAAUGGGUGUCUCCCAAGCAUUAGCAAGCGCUUUCGUCGUACUCGGCACCUUUCUCGCAGCAGCUUUCGUUCGAGACAAUGCAGGUGGAGCUGGAGGUUGGAGAUGGGCAUACUACUUCAACGGCAUUAUCUAUGGCAUCACUGCCCUUUCUAUUGCACUCACCUACUUCCCGCCUCCGCCAGUCUUACGUCGUCACCAUGUUCUCAAGGAGAUCGCUUCCACGGUUGAUUACAUUGGUAUCCUGCUCAUGUCCGGCUCUUUCGCAUCACUCAUCAUUGGUUUGACGUGGGGUGGCACAACCUAUGCUUGGGAUUCCAAACAAGUCAUCGCCACGCUCGUCAUGGGCUGCCUUGGACUGGUUAUCUUUGGCCUUUACGAAGCUUUCGUGGUCAAAGAGGGUAUUCUCGACCAUCGACUGUUCCAGACUUUGAACUUCCCGAUCUUGCUCUUCGUCUGCACCAUUGAUGGGAUGCUAUUGCUUGGUGUCAAUGUUCUGUAUUCGCAACAGAUCUUCGAUCUGUUCUCGCAGAAUGCCGUGAGGAUCGCUGUGAUUCUAAGCCCCUAUCUGAUUACGUCAACUUUUGGAUGUAUUCCUGCAGGUUGGAUCAUGGCUUCUACGAGGUCGUACCGAACGAUGCUUGUGUUUGCUUUGUUCUGGUGCAGUCUGUUUACUGGUCUCAUGGCACUCGUGAACUCGCAUCGAUUGAGUUGGGCUUAUGCCUUCUCAACGUUAUUUGGUAUCGGCACGGCUGUUACUACCACCAUUCCAGUUGUGGCUCUUGGCCUCUCUAUCCCCUCUUUCCUCAUCGGUACAGCGGCUACAGUUUCUAUCUCCUGCCGCGCUCUGGGCGGUAUCAUCGGCAUCACAAUCUUCACAGCGAUCUACAACAACAAAUAUGCUUCAUAUGUUGGUCCCGUUCUCGCAGCUAAUAGUCACGCUCCAGUGGUUGUGGCUGAGAGCGAGAGAGCUUGGAAAUAUGUAUGGAUUGCGGUUGCGUGUUUGGUGGCUGCUAAUGGGAUUGCUGCGUGCUUUCUGAAGGGCGUCAAGCCGAUGAUGAACGAACAUGUCGAGAGUGCAUUGGAGGAUGGGAAGGUUAGGGAACAGCAGCUGUCUUGAAGAAAAGAUUCAAUGUAAUGAGGGUGAACCAUGAUAGGGCAGCUAGGUCAUUGAUUAAUAUGUACUACAUG